AACAAACGCCAGAGAAUUCACUAUACAAUGCCAAAGGUGUUCAAGAACAAACACCAGAGAAUUCAUCACAGUGCCGAAAUACCGAAAGUGCUAAAGAACAAACACCAGAAAAUUCAUCACAUAACGCUGAAGGUGUUCAAGAACAAACACCAAAGAAUUCAUUAUAUACCGAAAGCGCUCAAGAACAAACACCAGAGAAUUCACCACAUAACGCCGAAGGUGUUCAAGAACAAACACCAGAGAAUUCAUUACAGACAAAUGCUGAAGAAUUUACCACACAAUGCCAAAAGUAUUCAAGAACACCAGAGAAUUCAUCACAAUGCCAGAAACAAAUGCUGAAGAAUUCACUACACAACGCUGAAGGUAUUCAAGAACACCAGAGAAUUCAUCAUAGUGCCCGAGGACAAACUCCAAAGAAUUUACCACACAACACUGAAGGUAUUCAAGAACACCAGAGAAUUUAUCACAGUGCCCGAGAACAAACGCCAGAGAAUUCACCACACAACGCCGAAGGACAAACAUCAGAGAAUUCACUACAUGAUGCCAAAGGUGUUCAAGAACAAACACCAGAGAAUUCAUCACAGUGCCAAAAGUGCCCAAGGACAAACGUCAGAGAAUUUACCACAAUGCUGAAGGUGUUCAAGAACAAAUACCAGAGAAUUCAUCACAGUGCCAAAAGUGCCCAAGGACAAAUGCUAGAGAAUUCACCACACAAUACAAGGUGUUCAAGAACAAACACCAGAGAAUUCAUCAAAAUACUAAAAGUGCCCAAAAACAAACACUGGAGAAUUCAUCACAUAAUGCCGAAGGUGUUCAAAAACAAACACCAGAGAAUUCAUCAUAGUGCCAAAAGUGCCCAAGGACAAAUGCCAGAGAAUUUACCACACAAUACUGAAGAACAAAUACCAGAGAAUUUACCACACAAUACCAAAAUUGCCAAGGAGAAUUUACCACAUAAUGCUAAAAGUGUUCAAGGACAAACACCCUACAUAAUACCGAAACAGCAUUUAGAAAGAAAUAAAGCAUUUACUCUACCUAAUUCUGACAGUGAUUCUUCUAGCUCAAAAAAUAGUAAAAAAUCUGAAAAAUCUAGUUCAAAAGAUUCGAAAAUUUAA